AUGACAGCAUCUUCUCUCCUGCAAGCGGCUAUGCGACGCAAAUCCUCCGCCCCCCCAAGCAACGCUCUUGUCACAGAGGCCGAUACCGAGCGUCCUCUUAAUCUCACUGACCUCACCUUACUCGGGGUCGGGGGAACUCUCGGCAGCGGCCUGUUCCUUCUUACAGGGCGGGCAGCUCGUGUUAUUGCGGGACCUGCCGUUACUCUGUCCUUUACCGUCGCCGCGAUCGCAUGUCUUUUUUCUGCACUUGCUUACGCCGAGAUGGCGAGCAGGAACCCCAACUCAGGUGGUGCCUAUGCUUUUGCAUAUUCUGCCCUCGGCGAACUCCCUGCUUUUCUCGUCGGUAUGUGUCUCACGCUGGAAUAUGGUGUCAGCUCAGCAGCUAUUGCGCGCAGUUGGGCAUCUUACCUUGGCGAUGCUGUUGGCUUCCUACCGGGCUGGUUAACCGGCAAAGAUUCGGUCUUUUCUGUGCUUGCCCUCGUUUUGGUUCUGGCCGUCUCGCUUAUGCUGUCCCUGGGUAUGAAGGAGGCAAAAUGGGUCAUUAACGCCGCCACCCUCGCUUACGCAGGUGUCGUUGCCGUUAUUUUAGUUUUUGGCGUGCAAAAAGUGGACACAGGUAAUUGGGACCCGUUCUUUCCAUUUGGCUUGCAAGGUGUUAUUGCCGGUUCAAGCGCUGUCUUUUUUGCCUACGUCGGCUUCGAUGAGGUUGCGACAGUAGCAGAAGAGGCACAAGAUGCGGCAAGGACUGUUCCCUUAGCAAUACUUCUUUCCCUCGUCAUUGUGACAUCCAUGUAUAUCGCGGCGUCUCUUGUUCUGACGGGGCUUAUGGACUAUGAAGUCAUAGAUACUUAUGCCCCAUUUUCCGCGGCGUUCCGUUCCGUAGGACUGCCUAUUGUGGCAAAGCUGGUUGGGUUUGGAACGGCUCUUGGCAUGAUGAACACCACCACUGUGUCGCUGGCCGCACAACCCCGUAUUUUUAUGUCCAUGGGCCGUGACGGAUUGCUCCCUCGCGCUUUUGCAUUGAGCUCUAGCGCCACCACCGUGGGUUGCGGAGUUGUUGUUGCAAUGCUCGCAGUUUUAGUUGAGACUCAUGCUCUAGCAGACGUGGUAUCGGGAGGCACUCUACUUGCUUUUCUUGCUACGAAUGUCGCAUUGCUACUCACGCGAUCCCGCAUUCACUCGCGAGCAAGGCGCACGCCAUCCUUAAUCUACUUGUUCGUCGGGGCCAGCGCACUCACUGGUAUCGUUUCAAGACUCAUGGGAAAAAACCAAAUGCCGCGAUGGCUAGGCUUGUUGAUAUCCAUUCCCGUCAUGCUUUCCAUUUCAAUAAUGUUACUUACUUCCGACUUUGAGGGCGGGUCGCAAUAUGAGCGCGCCGCACCGAGCUUCAUGUGUCCGCUUGUACCGAUAAUUCCGAUGUUAGGGUCGUUCACGACGUGUUUCCUUCUUUUUCAGCUUUCGAACAAGGCCUUGACGGCAUUGUGUACAUGGUUGGCGUUAUCAGCGACAACCUACUUCUGCUAUGGAGCGAGGAACGCUAUUAUUGCGACCAGUUACCUGAAUAUCGCGGUUGCCUCACCAACACAGUCUUACAGCUCAUUUGACGAGUUAGCGACGGAAGCACGUUCAAUAUCAAGCAAUGACUCGCCUCUUUCUUCCCCUUUACCGAAGGCAACUAAUUCACAAGCUGCCUUGUGA